AUGGUAUUUGCUUUAAUGGGCGACUGCAUGCUUCGGGAGACCUUCACUCGGUUCAAGUGGUCCAAGAUGGAGAGAGCUAGAAGAGGAGUGAAGUUUGAGAGUGUCUCCUUCUCGAGACAUCUUUCACUUCCCUACUUCACGAAUGAUAAAUUAGUGGCAUUCGAGGAACGAGGAGCGAUCGAGGCGUGCAAGGAGAAGUCACAGCUGUCGACGUUUUAUUGCCCAGUGGAGGUCCCCAAAAGUCCUGUUGAAGCUAUGGAUUUCCUCUCUAGAACUUGGAGCCCUUCUUCCUCUGAUUUCUUUCAAAUGCUUUCGUCAAAUGGCAGGGAGCAUGACCAAGAGCUAGAGGAGAAGCAAACAGAGGAGAGCGAUGUCCAUUUCGAUGAGGAUGACAAACUCAGAUUGGAGCAAGUACUGACACUGCUUUCGACUGGAAAUCUGGUGCAAUCAGCUGUAGGAAAGCACAAGCAACUCCACACCAGCUGGAUGAAGGUAGGAGAGAUUAAGGCAUGGUUGGGCGGGGAACUUUUCAGCAGCUUGUCCAGAGGAUGCAGAAAGAGGAGAAAGGAGAGACUGCGACUCCAUGUGGCUCAAGUGCACGCUGCACUCUCCGUUACAAGGUUGGCUGCGGCCAUCUCAGGCAUCAUGGCCAGUUCUAGGGUGGAACCAAGAGAUUCCAAGGGAAUGAGCAUGAUGAAUGUGGGAGGGAAGUCGGACGAGAAGAUAAGCGCCGUGCUUGCUUCAGCUGCAGCUUUGGUCGCUACUGUGUGCGCUGAAGCAGCUGAGUCUGCAGGGGCGCACAGAGAGUGCGUUGCUUCUGCCAUUACUACAGGCUUAGCAACGAAGACUUCUGCCGAUAUGGCGACGCUCACUGCAACUGCUGCGACAUGUUUAAGAGGAGCCGCCACACUUGAGCGGAGAGCAGCCGCUGGUAGGCAUGUAUCACAGGACCAGAAUAUCCUUGCAAGAGGUGCUCAACUUCCAGUCCGCAUGCCCGAAGGGAGGGUUCAUCUAAGAUUGGUGUACAUUUUCCUCAAGCAUUAUAGACUUACAGUGAGAUUAACAAAGAAAUACAUGCGCGGAGUGAUCAGCACAUGCAAAGAGUAUAGGAUAUUUCAUGCAAUGGAAGAUCUAAAAGGAGGCUUCUCUAAGGAUGCCCAUGGAUUCUACCUGAUAACCCUUGGCACCACCGGGGGAGCCAUCCAGGUCAUGUUUGAGGAUCAAAUGCAAUAUAGGAUUUGGAGGUCCACCAUCUGCCACCUCUUGUGUGAUUGUUAGAAGAAGCUUUCAAGUUUCAAUCUUCC